AUGACAGACUUCAGAGUCCUCAUCCACCCUGGCCAUGCGCCGGACCAAGGAACCAUCUACAAAAGCUUGGCCCCCGCCUUCCACCACCUUCAAAAUAACCCUCCUGUCGGCAUCUGGGGUCAAGAUAUCACCAACAUGAAUGACAACCAGAUCGUUGCCCUUGUCAUUCUUGGCUGCGAUGCCUUCAACUGCACAAUCGACCGUCAAGCCAAUAAACCGAAGUUCAGAUCCUUGCUGCACAGGGAGAAGAAGGCCCUCAAGGCCCUCUAUGGAAUGAAGCACAGCGGCGAUGUCGACACGUUGAGAGGCAGGGUGCCCUGGAUGAAGUCGCUUCUUGAUCUUUGGAACGAUCUUCGACAAGGAAAAUGA